GUGCGCGCUUGCGGCGGGACGCCCCCAUCCCCGGUGGGUCCCCGGCUGACGGCGCUGUCUCUCUCUCCCCCUCCCCGCCCGCAGCUGGAGCAGAGCAGCCGCCCCGGCGCUGAGGCGAUGGCGACCAGCCCGCUGCCCGGCCCCACCGACAUCCUGCUGCCGUCGCCGUCCAGCGCGUACCCGCCGGACCCCAUGAACCAGCCGAGGGCCGGCCACGCCGCCAUGAAGCCCAACCAGGUGGGGCAGGUGAUCCUCUACGGCAUCCCCAUCGUCUCCCUGGUCAUCGACGGGCAGGAGCGGUUGUGCCUAGCGCAGAUUUCCAACACCCUCCUCAAAAACUUCAGCUAUAACGAGAUCCACAACCGACGGGUGGCUCUGGGCAUCACCUGCGUGCAGUGCACGCCGGUGCAGCUGGAGAUCCUGCGGCGGGCCGGGGCCAUGCCCAUCUCCUCCCGCCGCUGCGGGAUGAUCACCAAGCGGGAGGCGGAGCGGCUCUGCAAGUCCUUCUUGGGGGAGAACCGGCCCCCCAAACUGCCCGAUAAUUUCGCCUUCGACGUGUCCCACGAAUGCGCCUGGGGCUGCCGCGGCAGCUUCAUCCCGGCCCGCUACAACAGCUCCCGGGCCAAGUGCAUCAAGUGCAGCUACUGCAGCAUGUACUUCUCCCCCAACAAGUUCAUCUUCCACUCCCACCGCACCCCCGACGCCAAGUACACGCAGCCCGACGCCGCCAACUUCAACUCCUGGCGCCGCCACCUCAAGCUGACCGACAAAAGCCCCCAGGACGAGCUGGUCUUCGCCUGGGAGGACGUCAAGGCCAUGUUCAACGGCGGCAGCCGCAAGCGCGCCCUGCCGCCCGCGCCGCCCGCGCCCCCCGCCGCCGCCCCCGCCGCCUGCCACCCUCUGGGCACGGUGAAGGCGGCGGCUGCCGUGGUGGGCGGCGGGUUGCUGAGCCCCCACCUGCUGGCCGCCCCCCCCGAGCUGCACCAGAAGCGGCCGCGCUUCGAGGAGGACGAGGAGCUGCAGGAGGCCGUGGCGGCGGCGGCGGCCCACGGCGGCAAGAGCCCGCGGAGCUACCCGGUCAUCCCGGUGCCCAGCAAGGGCUCCUUCGGCGGGGUGCUCCAGAAGUUCCCCGGCUGCGGGGGGCUCUUCCCGCACCCCUACGGCUUCCCCGCCGCCGCUUUCGGCCUCUGCCACAAGAAGGAGGAGGGCGGCGGCGGCGCAGCCGACGGCCUCGGCGGGGCGGCGGCUCACAAGGCCGGCGCGGGGGCGGCGGGGGGCGGCCUCUCGGGGCUUUUCUGGCCGGGCAGGAAGGACGCCGCCUUCUACCCGCCCUUCUGCAUGUUCUGGCCACCCCGCACGCCGGGCGGCUUGCCGGUACCCACCUACCUGCAGCCUCCGCCGCAGCCCCCCGGCGCCCUGGGUUGCUCGUUAGGCGACGGGGCGGGCCUGCUGCGUCAGGCCUUCCUGGACCUCUCGGAGCCCGGCAGCGAGGCGGGGACCGCGGGGCUGGGCACGCCGCCCGCCGCCGCCCCCCCGCCCGCUCCCGCCGCCGCCGCCGCGCGGGACCCGCUCUUCGAGUCGCCCCCUGGCGGCGGCGCCGAGCCCGCCUCACCCGCCGCCUCCGAGGGUGGCAGCGGCGGCGGCCGGGUGCCCGCGCACCACCCGCACUUGCUGGAAGCGGCGGCCGGGCGUAAGGCCGGUACCGGCUACCACCACUCCAGCGCUUUCCGACCGGUGGGGGGUAAGGAGGACUCGGAAAGCCUGGCUAAGCUGCACGGUGGCGGGCCGCCCCGCUCCGCCUCGCCGCCGCCGCUACAGCUGCUCCUGCCGCCGCCGCCGCCCGAGGAGGCGGGUUGCGAGCGGCACCCGCUCCCCCCGCCGCCGCACCCCCCGCACCGCCUCCUCUCGCCCGGCGGCACCAGCUGCAGCUUCGCCAGCGAAGACAGUAGCGAGGAGGAGGAGGAGGAGGACGACGACGAGCCCGAGGUGGACGUCGAGGGGCACAAGCCCCCCGAGGAGGAGGAGGACGAGGAGGAGGAGGAGGACGAGGGCGACGAAGACCCCCGCGGCGGCGACCCCUUGGCGGCCGGUGGCCGCUUCCCGCCCGCCCGGGGCCUGCCGGAGAAGGGUGGCCGGGAGCGCCCCGCCGCCGGCCCCUUCCCCCGGCCGCCCAACGAGGAGAAGCCGGCGGAGGGCCAGGCCCCGCCGCAGCCGCCUGCCGGGCCCCCGCGGGCGGGCAGCGGCGGCAGCAGCCCGGCGCACCAUCCGGCUCUGGAGGAGCAGCCCCCCUACAAAGAUAAUCAGAAGGGCAAGGAGAGUAAUCAGGUCAUCUUGCCUAUGAAAGAGGACACCUUCUCAGAUAAGAACAAGGAGCAUAAUUUUUUCAUCACGGAUUCAGAGCCUUCAGGAGGAGACUUCUGGAGAGAGAUAGCAGGUGAACACACGCAAGAAACCAAUUCACCUCAUUCACUGAAGAAGGAUGUAGAAAACAUGGGGAAAGAGGAACUCCAGAAGGUUUUGUUUGAACAGAUCGACUUACGGAGGAGACUAGAACAGGAAUUCCAGGUGUUGAAAGGAAAUGCGUCUUUCCCAGUCUUCAAUAAUUUUCAAGAUCAGAUGAAGCGGGAACUGGCGUACAGAGAAGAAAUGGUACAGCAGCUACAAAUUAUUCCCUAUGCAGCAAGCUUGAUCAGAAAAGAGAAGCUGGGUGCACACCUCAGCAAAAGCUAAAGAAGCACAGGAUCCUUUGCAGCUGUUACUUUGGGAGUUAUAACCCGCCACUCAGAAGUCUGACUUGUAUAAGGACUGAGAAAGUGGAAGGGCUUGGGGAUUUAAAAAACAAACAAAUCAGGUUCGUCUGAACCCAAGGACAAGUGACCUCAAAGCAUCAUGGACAACCAUGUAAAAUAGAAUGUAGCAGCCAUUUAUUAGUAAAAACAAAACAACAAAAAAAAAAAAAAAAAAAAAAUGCCUGUCCUGGAUCUUUUUUGGUGGUACCAAAGUUUAAGUCUUUGUGUUUUUAGAAGGACUACUGAACUUGAUAGAGAAAAUGCUUUCGAUGAAUCCUACAGAUAAGCUGUGGAAGGAACUGCCGAUCCUUUCAAACACUGACAACAUCUGCCAGUUCAUCUUUUGCUUUUGAAUAGUGAUUGUUUUACGGAAAGAAAUGCGCGUCUUACCGGGUGGGCCAGAACCACAUUUGGAUGGAUGGAUGGAUAGAGCAGUGUUAGCCAUACACAGUGCUUUUUAAAAGCAGACUGGAAAUUCUCACACCCCUCUCCCUUGGCCCUUUCCUCCUCUGGUAUUUUGCCUGCUGUAUGAAUUACAAUUGUACUCCUCUGGAAAUAUUUUACAAUUUAAUAUUGAGUGUAAUUAAGAAUAUAAUCACUGUUAUCAAAAAAAGGUAUUUAACUCUGUUGUAGUUUCUUUAUCAUUCAUGUGGAUAAAAA